ACAACCUGGCGAGCGCGAAUGGCAAUGGCGCCGAUGGUUCCGCACGCUGAAGCCGGUUCAGCGAGCACGCGAUUGGAUAUCGCAGGACGACGUACAGGGGUGGCGGCGAACGCUGCGGGAUCGCCUGGGGCAGCAGCCCACGCAGCGGCAGGUCGACGCACAGGAGCUCCGGACACUCGUGGACGAGAAGCGGCGCAUCGAGGGAUGGGACUAGUCGGGCUAGUGGGUCCAUAAGCUUCGCUCUCCUCCCUACUCAAUGUGCCCCUUCUUGUUUGCUGUGCUGCUGUUACUGACGAAUCGACACGCCCUAUCACGACCUCCCCACCGUGGCAUCCGUUGUCUUUAUAUCGCUUUCGCUAGUCCUCAUCUCCAUCUACACACCUACGCACCUCUCGCAUCCCACACACUGCCCUUUUUAUGCAUAUGCAUACAUUUUCACCCUGGCGCCACACGGUGGGACGACGACUCGCUGUGGACGACGGCCGCCCGUAGUGGGUGGCGGCGGCUCGCGGUGGACGACGACGACCGGCUAGAAGGAAAUACACAAGAUGUACAUGUACGCUACCCAUAUUCUUUCGUUCAGCGGCGUGCUGCGUGCUGCGACUCGCCUAAUAAUUUUGCUUUCCGCUUCCUCGCAUGUCGGUUUAUACACUAUUUAUCUUCAUGUUCGCUGGUUCAUACAUUCCUUGGUUUAUAUGAUGCAUCUGGAUUUUAUCAUGAUUUGGUCUGGCAGAGCGUGAAGGCGAAGGUGUCUAACAAGGAGGCGCAAUGGCCCAGCUAGACUGUAUUCAUGAUCAAAGGCAGAGUCAAUGUCCUGGCGCAAUGCAAGGAAUUCCAAGCAUUGAGUACUGUG